AUGGAACCAAGAAACAAUGUGACAUACUUUGUCCUCCUGGGCCUCACACAGAAUCCAAAGGAGCAGAAAGUAUUUUUCAUUAUGUUCUUACUGUUCUAUAUUUUUACUGUGGUGGGCAACCUGCUGAUUGUUGUGACUAUAGCUGUCAGUAAGACCCUGAAUUCACCGAUGUACUUUUUUCUUGCAAGCUUAUCAUUUAUGGAUCUCACAUUUUCUUCUUCUAUUACCCCUAGAUUGAUUUCAGACUUAUUCUUUGGGGAAAAUACCAUAUCCUUCCAAUCCUGUAUGAUCCAGCUCUUUACUGAACACUUUUUUGGUGGGUCAGAAAUUGUCCUUCUGUUGGUCAUGGCCUAUGACCGCUAUGUGGCCAUCUGUAAGCCCUUGCAUUAUUUGGUUAUCAUGAGGCAAAGAGUGUGUGUUGUGCUGCUGGUGGUGUCUUGGGUUGGAGGUUUUCUGCACUCAGUAAUUCAACUGAGCACUAUUUAUGGGCUCCCAUUCUGUGGCCCCAAUGUCAUUGACCAUUUUAUAUGUGACAUGUACCCCUUAUUGAAACUUGUCUGUACUGACACCUAUGUGACUGGCUUCUUAGUUGCAUCCAAUGGAGGGCUGAUCUGUUCUAUUACAUUUUUGCUCUUACUCAUCUCCUAUGCAGUCAUCUUGCAGUCUCUACAGAACCUGAAUCAGGAUGGGAGGCGAAAAGCCCUUCAGACCUGUGGUUCCCACAUCACUGUUGUUGUCUGCUUCUUUGUUCCCUGUAUUUUUAUGUAUGUACGACCUACUAUGACCUUCCCCAUUGAUAAAUCAUUGAGUGUGUUUUAUACAAUUGUAACGCCUAUGUUGAAUCCAUUAAUCUACAGUCUAAGAAAUUCUGAGUUGACUAAUGCUAUGAAGAAGAUCUGGAGAAAAAGCUUCAUAUAUUAUAGUAAAUAA